GAAUUUUACGAAGAAGUAGACGACGAGCAAUUUGAAAUAGUAUUUGUCUCACUCGAUCAUUCAGAAGAGGAUUUGAAUGUUUAUCUAAGAGAAUCACAUGGCAAUUGGUAUCAUCUCCCUUAUGGGUCCAGUGAAAUUGAAGAACUGAAAAGUAAGUACGAAAUUGCUGGGAUUCCUAUGCUUAUUGUGAUCAAACCCGAUGGUAAUGUCAUUACUAAAAAUGGUCGAGCUGAUGUUUCGGGUAAAGCUCCACCGCAAACGCUUUCGGGUUGGUUAGCAGCUGCAUAA